AUGAAGAAAGACUUAAAGAACUUGUUGAAUUUUACAGUACCUAAUGACAUUGAUAGUUUUGAUCUUGUGAAAUCAGAAAUUUUACUAUGGAAUCGUUAUCUAGAUGAUAGUAACAUUAAAACAAAAAAUGCCAUCAACAUAUUGAAUAAUUGCAAUUCAGAUUUAUUUCCAAAUGUUUUUAAGCUUUUGCAAAUACUGGUCACACUUCCUGUCACAUCUUGCGAAGCUGAAAGAUCAUUUUCUACACUCAAACGCAUUAAAACUUACUUAAGAAACUCAACGUCCGAAUUGAGAUUGAAUGGACUAGCUGCUCUCAAUAUUCACUAUGAUAUUGACGUCAAGUCCGAAGAAGUAAUACAGCGUUUAUCGAAUUUAAAGCGUCGUUUAGACUUUAUUUUAUAA